CUGUCAGUAUUUUGGGCGCAUUUGCAUCGCAAACAACAACACCACGCAACACGCCGUACGGUACGCUACGCUGAUUGUGUGUGCCAAUAAUCCACCAAAAUUGACCCAUGUCGUGGUGGUGGUUGGAUUGUUGAAAUUUUGCAAAUAAUAAAUAAAUAACUUCAGUGUGUGAUACAAAAUUUCAUGUAAAAUUUACUCUCCAAAAUUGUGGUUUCAAAAUUUCAAAAAAAUGGACCUAAUAUGACUCGUCGACUAGAAAUCUUUCGUCAGCAAGAUGAGUCCGAGUAGAAACGCGUCUUCGUCACCUGCGACGUCGUCGUCAUCGUCAUGUUUGACCAAACCUGCCCGCAAUUUCCGGGUGCAUCCCCAGUGUAAAAGUGUCGUAAAUCCUGCACCUACUCCACUUCCGGAAAAUGGGGGUGUCUCGACAUCAUCCCCACCACCACCACCACCACCCCCACCCCCACAAAUUAACCCCAAUAACUGGACCGUUGCCCGCACCAGUCUGACCAACAUGAGUAAACGAUUCCGCAAUAAGAACAAGGUUGGGAUUCCGUCUCAUCUCACCUUCAGUGACGACGUAAAUAAUAAUCUCAAUCUGCCCCCUCAACAACAACGACGCUCAUCCUCUCGAGCAAGUUCGAGACUUCGUUACCCCAAUAUUUUCGCGUCGCGGGGAACCCUAUGUGAAGAACAGGAAGAACAAAGUUGUCCCCUCGUGUUGAAAAGUUGUCUGAAAAAGUCGACCGAUUCAAUUGACAAGUUUUUAUGUAAAAGUAGUGCAAAUUGUGAGACUGCUGGAACUGGGAGCUGUCUAAGUUUAGGGGGUUCUGGUGGUACUGGUGGAUUUCGAAAAUUUAUUACCCUCGCCACCACAAUAAUUUGUUUGGUUGUGAUAUUUGUGCCUUCCAUCGUUGUGGGGGAUGAGGCACGUGGUUCCGGAAUUUAUGAGGAUUCGAGUAAACAAGAUUUUAUCCAGCUUCUCAGGAAAAAACUGACCAAGGAUGAAAUCGUCUCCAUUUUUGGGAGACGAAACGGAAUCGACGAGUCAGACUUUAACGAUGUGCCAAAUUUUGACAUAAUUCAACCAAAAAUGACCUUGCACCGGAAAGCACGUGGAAAAAGGUCACCCGAUUUGUCCUCCAGUACGACGCUCAUUCAGCUUCAAGGACUUGGACGAACCUUUCAUCUUCGCGUGACGCCAAAUCAAAAUUUAUUGGAUCCGCAUUUCGUCUUUUUGAAAAGAAAUCAAAAUCAGAGUGAAAUCAUGCCCGAUUUUCAUGUGAGGAAAGAAAUCCCAUGUUUUUAUCAGGGAAAAGGACAGCAUUUUCGGAACGGGGAUGAUUUAAAUUCUUCCAGAAGAGUUGAUGCAUCAGUUGCGCUCAGUUUGUGUGGUGGAUUGAAAGGGUUCAUCCUCCCCACCUCCAUUCAACCGGACGAUGACGAUUUAGACGGGUCCACUACCACUCCUAAUGAUGACUCUAACUAUUCUAAUCACCAUUAUGUCAUUCACCCAAUUCCAACCAGAUUCCACAAUUCAUUUACAAACUCAACCCAGCGGAAGAAGGAUGACGACCAGCGUGACGAAAAUGAGCACGAACGCCACCACUUUUUGUUCAGGUUGACAUCCCCACCACAAAAUACGCCUAAAAACAACUUAGAUUCUCCUCAAAACGAUGCUUCCUGUGGACAUAAGCAUGAUAAGGUCUUAUCCCGGAAACCGAGAUCCGCCUCGCCCGAUAACCCCUUUGGCGGCAGCAAUUUGGACCCUUUUGAUUCCUACUGGUUCCACCAAUACCAACAACCCACCCGCAGUAAUCUCUUUACCCAUCCGUCCUCCGUCUUCCCGUCGUCGUACUGGGGGCCCAAAUCGUCCUCCGAACAAAGGGGGUCUUCAUCCCCUUUCAGUCCGGGCAUCACCGGCGCGGCCAAUAUCGGGCUGACUUUCGCGCGCAGAAAUUAUUACGAGGUGGACGAUCCCCGCGAUCACGAGGGCAGCGCGACAAAUAAGGGCGACGAUUGGUCGGUACGUCGCCGAAAAAGUGACGACGACGAUCAACGCGUCUUGCUCUACGAAUCGACCGCCGAUGGCGCCGGCGCUUCUUCGGAAGACGAACCCGACACGAUUCUCCCCUUUUACACGAAAGGCCGGAAAAAAUCGGGCUCGCGAAGUACCAAAGUUUUAAAAACGUCGACCCGUUGGAUUCCCACGUCGGGCGAGAUGCAACGCCAAAACCAAAAUUAUUCGGAGUCAAAUUCCUGGUCCAAAUACAACCGAAAAGGACGCCGGGAUGAAAACUAUUUCGGGGCGGAUUAUAAAUCCCACCCGUUGGAUGAUACGGACCGGAUUUUUUCCGAAAAACGGGGCCGGUACGAUAAUUCGGAGUCGAAUUCGAUCUACUCGAGAGAAACGACGGCGUCGAUGGAUAACAAGAAUAGUUUGAACGUCGAUAAGCCUCCAUCCCAGCUGACCAUUGAAACAGCUGUUUUCGUCGAUAAGGACUUGUUUAAACAUAUGCAGUCGAAUUUUCCGGAUGAUACGCACGGGGAAGUUGUGAGGAUCGUGUUGGCCAUGAUUAAUGCGGUGCAGCUGCUUUAUCAAGAUCCUUCGCUCGGACAUCGGGUAGAUUUCGUGCUGAAAAGGCUCGAGGUUUUGGAAACGGAUCCGCCCGGACUUCUCCGACCGUAUGAUAUUGACAGAUUUCUAACUAAUUUUUGCAAAUGGCAAAAAACUGAAAAUCCUCCGAGUGAUGCGGAUCCUCUCCACUGGGAUCACGCCUUGAUAUUGACCGGCCUCGACCUCUACGUGGUCCACCAGUCGGGCAAGAUAAGCAAUCAGGUCGUCGGUCUGGCCCCCGUGGCUGGAAUGUGUACCCGCUCCAGCAGCUGUACCGUCAACGAGGGACGCCAUUUCGAAUCCGUUUUCGUCAUUAGUCACGAAAUUGGGCACAAUCUGGGGAUGAGACAUGACGGCCCCCAAGCCGACAACGAUUGCGAUCCUACUUCCCACAUAAUGAGUCCGACGCUCGGCAGUGGAAAAAUCACGUGGUCCCCAUGCAGCCGGAAAUAUUUGGACAUGUUCCUCGAAACCAGUCAGUCCAAGUGUUUGCUCGAUAAGGGAAAGUCCGAGUUGAGAUUGGACCACGACGCGGAUGGACGACUUCCUGGCGAACGAUUCGAUGCUGAUCGACAAUGCGUUUUGAAAUAUGGUCGCGGCUCCUUUCACGCCACGCAGCAACCGCUCGAAGACGUUUGUCGCGACCUCCACUGCAGAAGGGAGCACUACACGUGGACGAGCCACCCAGCCUUGGAAGGGACCUAUUGCGGAUCUGACAUGUGGUGCCGUUCUGGAAAAUGUGUCGGAAAAUCGACCUACAAUCACUACCCGGUCCAAACCGAUCACGCCCACGAAUCCGGGCGAAAUGGCGACUUUAUCCAGUCCAACCAUCUUCCGGGCAGUGAAACGGCGGCGUAUUCCGUGCAAAAAGCGGUCGACGGGGUUUGGGGGCAGUGGUCACUUUUUACCGAUUGUUCCUCCGCAUGUCUUUACUCGGAGGAUGGCAGCUUGACGAUGGGGUCGACCGGAGUCAGAUUAGCCGCGAGAAGAUGUGAUAGUCCAAGACCCGAAAAUGGUGGCAGACAAUGUUCCGGUCCGGACAGGAGAUACAAAACUUGCUCAAAUUCAAAAGUGUCCAAAAUCUGCUCUGCCAACGUGGCACGGACAACGAUUAGUCAAUACGCGAACGACGUGUGUAACCGAGCCGCGACGGCGGACAAUGAGUUAACCGGGGCUGGAUUUAUGAUGAGCACGAAUGACGCCGAGCGAGCGUGUUCCGUGUGGUGCGAAACAUUAGACAACGGCGUUCCGCGAAGUAGAGGGUGGAGCUUUCCGGAUGGAACUGGGUGCCAACUUAUCUCCCAAAGUAAAGCGCAAAGAUACUGCGUGGCAGGAAAAUGUCAGGACUUUGCCUGCAAUCCGUACUCCUUUUACGCCCUGUCCGACGAGGAAUGUUCCUUCACCGCGUCGAACGAAGUGACCCCGCAGUCCUCCUGGUACACGUCGUCCUCUUUGGAUUCCGAAUCCGGGGGGAAAUUUCCGAGCCUUCGGAUCGGAAAAACUGCCGGCUGGACGGACUGGGAGUCGCACAGCGAAUGCAAACUUCCCUGCCUAGCACCCGCCAAAGGGUUGGAAUUGGUUAAACGAAGAUGCUCAUCGGGGUCAGAUUCUGGGGCCGAUUCCUGUACCGGGUUGGCACUUUCGGUCAAACUUUGUAAACCGGAUAAGACAACGAUUUUACGAAACGGCUGCACCCGGUUACAAACUCCAUUCGAGUACGCGACAAAAGUGUGUUCAAAAUAUGCCGAAAAGAUUCAAGGCUUAUCCGGCAUAGGGAUGCAGCUUUCUCCCACGAAGGACGAUAAGGACCGUCCAUGUCGCAUAGGGUGUCAAGACGUCUCAAUUCCCUACAGAUUUUACAUGGUCAACGGAGAAGACGGCUGGUUUCCGGCGGGGACGGACUGCUCGCGUGGAGAGCCGGAUAAGAAAGCAUUCUGUAUUACCGGAAAAUGCGUCGAUUUCGGCACCGAUGACACCCCCGUUUACCGCAUCACGAAUAAAUUAAUAGGAAAAAUAGAAACCUUAUUUCAACCCAGGAGCAAAAGACAGACGACGUCCUACAAUAUCAUGGAGCCCUUAAGGGUCCCCUCCACCAUGGACGAGUCCAGUUUGAGGGACCUAGUCCAUAAAUUUUCACAGCAAACGGGAAACUUUCCCUCCAUCACAUCCGCAAUUCGCCGGUCCAACUCUGUCCCACUCGAUUUCACGAGACCCAUCCUGACACAAACUUAUUCGCGAGAUUACUAUUCUCCAAAAUCUUUUCGAAGUGCGAAUCCAAUCGCGAAUUCAUGGUCACGAUAUGCAAAUUCAAGGGCGCCGGACUCGCAGUUUCGGUCGAGAUCGGGUCAAAGUGUGGAGCACAAGGGCAGAUCGGGUGGUGGUGGCGACGCGGUGGGGAUGCGGGGUCGCAGCCUGAAUUUGGAUCAUGUCCAACUCGGCGACAGUUCCGAGGAGGUUUUGAGAGGAAGCAAAACUGGGAAAAUUAUCGAUUUCGACAAUAAUUUAUUAGAGAGUAAUAUUCCAAUCGAAGGGAGUUAUUACGAGUGGAGGAAAAUCGUGUCGGAUUGUUCGGUAUCGUGUGGGAAUGGAAUUCAAGAAGUCAUAGUGGAAUGCGUGUCUGGCGACACUGUGGUUUCCGACAGUUUCUGCAGCGCCCGACCGCGCCCAGGUCGCUCGGGGUACGUCGACUGUCGCAGGACGGCCUGCUCAUCGGCGAGAAGGUCGGAAGGAGGUCACAUCUGGAACUGGUUGCAGUCCGCCCUCGCAAAUAAUUCGUCCACUCCCACCCCAAAAUCUUAAUUAAUUAACUACUUAAUUGUUUUUCUGAGUAGUGUUAAUUUUUCAAAGUUGAAAAAAUUGUCUAUUUAUUCACUCCCUGGUUAAAUUAAGAAAUUGUAUGAAAAAUGUGGUAAUAAAGUACUAAAUAAUAGCCCAGUAAA